AUGUCGACCACUUCAACAACACUAUUGAUAGUUCUUCUAUCUUCCGCACCCUUUGCCUCCGCGUUUUUCUUUGGCGGUGGCGGCGGUGGAUGUGGAUGUCAACCAGCUCCAGCAUGCGCACCUCCAGUACCAUCCCCAUGUGGCGGAGGCGGACCAGUUGUAUCAGGAUAUGUCGGACCAGCCGCAUACCAAGGAGGAUACGCAUCUCCACCACAACAACCACUCCCAAUCGCCCCAGCACCAUACCAAGGAGGAUACCAACAAGCUCCAAUUGCGCCAGUCGCUCCACAACCUGUUCCUUUUGCUCCACAACCAGUUCAAACAGCACCAGUUCAAGUUUCCGCUCCACAAGGAUAUCAACAAGGACCAGCUGCGGUUGCUGUAGCUGCACCAACUGAGAAUGCUGCUUAUGGAGCUGCUGAAGAAGAAGUUGCUGUUGCUGCACUUGCCAGAGAAGAGCCAAACUAUCAGGUAUCGCUUUGCUUAUUAGUUUUUAUAACAUUUAGUUCCGCAUAGGCUCGCAUCUUACUCACAUACUUACUUAUUUUUGCCUGCGCAUUGAACCUAACGAGCCUCAAAAUUUACCUUCACAUAGAUUUAUGGGUCCCCCAUUAAAAUCAAUGAGAAAACAAAAUGCUUUUUAUUUCUAUCAGCUCUCUGCUUUUUGAGUUUAGCCUAUCUACGCAUGCAUGAAAUACUAAACGCAUCCACACUCUGCAUGAACACUCGCACAAAAAACUAUUGAAACUCGAUCCAUAGAUCUUGACCAUAACGAAAUCUAAAUACACUUUGCAGGGCACCAAUUCGAACCUCGACCAAAGUGUUGUUGAGGCGGCCGAACAGGCUGUUGCUGAAUUACACAAUGAGGUUUGCACUUGCACAAAGCACUUUUCCCUGCUAAAAUACAGUUGUCAACAAUCUAUUCCAGAAAGCCGCUGCCGCUGCUUCAAAACUUGCCGAAGUUGUUGAAGAACGACCAAAAACUAAGGACACUGGAAAGACUGCUCAUCAAAAGACUGUGAAAUCAACAACAACCACAGCUGCACCAGGAGAAUUCCCAAGUGGAGAAGAAUUUGUUCCAGAAUCCGAUGCUAAAGAAGUUGAUAUCAGUGAACUUCAAUUGACCGAUGAUCCAUUGUGUAACUCAGAAGACUUGAGAAAAUUGGUUGUUGAAAAUAUUGAUGAGCAAUUGAACAGCUCAAAAAGAAUGAUUCAGUUGGCAGCUGAAGCACAAUUUGGUGGACGAUUUGAUGUUAUUUGCGCUAAUGGAGAUUUCAGGUAACUAAAUCUUAAAUCUUAAAAGACUAGUUUUUCAAAAAUGAGAAAAAAAACUAUGUUUUUCCUCCUCACAGUACUCUGACCGCAAUAAAAAAUUUUACAGCUACGUCACUAAUACCGAGCUCUAUUGUCAAGAAUCAAAAGGAGACAUUUCAUGUUAUACAUACCGUCAAUUGUAA